AUCAGUGUUUAGUAGAUGGGUUGUGUCUCUAUGUACAGGUGGAGCUUGAGGAGCCACUUCCUGUUAAGAGAGCAGAUCACAGUGUCUUUGAGUCAAACACACACACACACACACGCAGGCACGCAUCUCAAAGCUGCGGCCUGUCAGACAGACAGAGGGAUAAUAAUUGCACCAAGAGCAGCAUCUGCCGUGAUUGUCCUGCUGUCCAUCACACCUGUGUCAGCAAUGUCGACGUAUGAUCCUAGUUACUGUUACAUCCUGGACGGAUUACUGCUUCUGUACUGCAUUGCCAUCACUGCUUUCUUCGUGCGUGAGCGAUGUUUCAAGAAGAAAAGCAACGUGGAGCAAGACUCUUUGUAUCAGCCAGUUAAUAAGAGCGGCCAGUCGGCUUACGACGUACUGACGCAGCGAUCGACUGAAGAAGGUCGAUCCGGAGGGGGACGCAGGCGAGGAGACGACAGCACUUACACGCCUCUGCAGAAAAAGACGGACGACACGUACCGUGAGAUUGAGACGAAGACAGGCCGCCGCCGUCCUGAUCAGGUUUAUCAGGGUUUGAGCUCCAUGACUAAAGACACGUAUGAUUCUCUGAACAAGCAGCCGAUUCACCCGCCACCUCGUUAAAAGCUGAUUCUCCACAAACCGGCCGUCAGGAUCACAGUCCAGUGCAGAUUCAGCCACUUAACUCCUUCAUUCACUCGUGUCUUUGAUUUCAGUCCAGUAGUUUUUUUCCCUUCAUACUCCAGUGAUUAUUCGGUGUUUUUACAGUGACUGUGUUUAUUGUUUCUCCACUUUGUGAAUUAUAGAAUUUCAUAACGAACCCAAAAGUCCCACAUGUACAGUAUAAAUCAUUAUAAAACCAAACCUGAUUGAAGACCAAACUUUUACACAUUGUAAGAUUCAACUCAUUCACAGUGCAAAGAGACAUUUGUAAGUCUCAACGAUUUUCAAUAACGCCAUUUGGUAACACUUUACAAUAAGGGUUCAUUUGUUAACAAACGAUGAAGAAUAAAUCUAAAAUAUUUAUUCAUCUUACUGUUGAUCUCAGGAUUUACCAAUUCAUUUUAAGAUAAAAAGUUGUAUGUUAACAGUAGUUAAUGAUCUGUAAACUAACAUGAAAAAUGUUAUCAUUAACAAAAGGUCAAUGUUGUAAAUUAUUUCUCACACAUUGUAAAUGUUAAUGCAUUAAUAAUGUUGAUAAAUGAGACCUUAUUGUAAAUUAUUACCUUGAUAUUCUGUAUGAUUUAAAAAAUGCAUUAUCUUGUGAUUUUGUGGUGAAAUAUGAUCCGCAGGUUAAACAAGAUUCACGUUGAUUGAUGUUCAGUAUCUCUCACAAGGUAUCAUGAGUGCUUUUUUUUUUUUUUUUCUCUCAAAGUAUAUAAUAGUGUAAUAUUACAUGUAAUAUUUUUUAAACUGAGAAUUUUACUGUAUUUCUUUUGGUUGUUACUUUUUUCCGUUCUGUGUAAUUUUGUAUCAGCUUGUUAAAGUUAUUUUUCUCUUUUUCAGUAAAUAAAAAAUAAAAAAGAAA